AUGUUGGCACCGGUGAUUGCCAACCUGGUGCAAUUCUUCUAUCCUGUCGGAAACACCCCGGCGGUCUCACUCACCCAGGAUUUACCAGCGAGAGAAAAAGCCGACCUACUUCUUCUAGGCUGUGGAGAUCUUCGUCACAUCCUUUUCACGAUCAACAAUGAGCAGGAGGUCCGUGAUCAGCGUCGCUUGGACUUCACUUGCUGUGAUGUGGAUACCGCUGUGACAGCCCGCAAUAUUAUCUUGCUAUCCUUGAUUCUGGAUGACGUAAAUGGGGACAACAAGGACACCAUUUGGAAUCUAUUCUAUCACUUCCGCGUCGACAAACACUCACUUGAGCUAUUGCAGACUCAGACAGCCAAGCUGUUAUCGCUGUCCAAGUCAUUAGAGUCAUGGCACGCCAGUCAAUAUGGUCAGCACGUCAGAAUCUGCGAUCGCAUCUCCCUUGAUCGGGUGCGAGGCAUGUGGGGCUUCUAUGGGACCAAGAGAGAAGAUGAUGACCUCUCCAACUUCAAGGCGAAGGUGGAGUCCGGCAUCCGCAAGUCACACGAAUACAAGAAGUCAAUCUUUGGAGGCAAGUCCGUUAACGCGUUGUCCAGCGCACGUGCGGCCUCGCCUGCUUGUCUGGAUGCGAUGGUUGAUGUUGGUGGCUUGUACAACGACUAUUGGGAGUUUGGCACUACCGACACCGAUCCAACUGCUCGAUCGAAUGCCAAUGAAUACAAUCCCAUGUUCGCUCCUCAGGAUGGCAACAUGUUUUUGCACUACGGCACCGAUCCGAUGUCAGGAUUCCAUCUUGCAGCCGCUUACGUUGCUCUUAAGACAGCGUCGCCCUCACCAAACUCAUCCAUGCAAAAGCCUACUGCGGAUGAGAUUGUCAGGACUGUGCGGAAGGAGUUCAGCACCUGGAUGGAAUCAUUCCGGGCUCAUUGUGUUGCUGGAUUGGUGAAACUGCGCUUUUUUGUUGGCGACGCAGUAGCUCUUGCAUACGCGCUACAACAUGUGCAUAGCACUGGUUCAUCAAAGCAAGCCAAUUGGUAUCGUGAUAGAUACCACUUUGAGCCGUUGGAGCUGAGUGACGACGAAUACUCCAGUGGUUCUGCACCUUGCGUGUUUGAUGUAGUUGACACUUCCAAUCUCAUCGAUCACCUAGGAGCCUUGAACAUCCUGGUAGCUACUUCGCCACUUCUUCGAAACACAUUCUCGUCCACACUGUUCACUGAAAAGCUCGUUAAGACACAUGGAGACCACACAGAGCUUCUCGAGAACAUACUUUGUGGCGACUUGACUACUGUGUCCUCACUUCUUGCCUUAACACCCGUUGAGGUCGUAACAAAUACGGCUUCCUCCUCCUCGGGCGAUGAAUCAAUUGUGUCAGAUGCCAAGCAGGGACUGCAGUUGUUUGCCAGAAUCGCAUGGAAAAGACCGAUGAACCCUUCUGACGAAGCGGAGAAAGUUCUACCACUACUCCAUUUUGACCCUGCUCAUCUGGCAAAUGCUCUUCAAAAGAUCUACAUGAAGAUGUUUGCUGACGAGGACGUCACACAGCUACUCGCUAAGAUGGGCGAAAAGAACCAACGGCCCUCGGUCCCAACUUAUCAUCGGGCAAGCUUCGUCGCUCUUCUCUGUCUUGUGAAGUCUCGAGUCAAGACUGAUUGGAAUCAAACGAUGACUGCAUUCAUGGAGCACAUAGACGGAGACGAGAAGCUCGCAUUCUCUCAUACUUACAUGCAAGAGCUCAAUCUUUGGAUGCAUAUGAUGGGUCUCUACUCAGUCGACAUCCUGCGAAGUCCACCCAGCGGGCCAGGCAUCUCUCAGGACGCAUCGCCCCUUCAGAAAUGGGAUAACAUCCCUGAGGUGGUUGGUGUGACACUUCAGAUCCCAAGAAGCAGACUGGAUCCUUUCAUCAAAGAGUCGAUGAAGAAGGGCUUCACUUCUGCGAUCCAAGGAUCUGUACAAUCCUCACCUGACGCGGCAAACCAAUGGCAAAACAUGUUCGCUGCCACCCAGGUUGCAUUUGGCCGUUUGAAAACCAAGGGAGCACAAUCCAGCGACCUGUACGAGGUCGAUAUUGACGAGGAUGGCCUGGGAUGGUCUGGACAGUCGUCAAUGCUACUUUCUUUCUACGUUCCCACUUGGAUUUUGCUCCAGGAGCCUCAAACGGCCAGCGUGUCGCUAUCACUCCCUCACUCUCCUCACACAGUGGCUGUGUUCUCUAGCAUCUUGGGACCAACCCUAAGUGUCUUCACCGCGCAGCAGAAGGACCUUGAACAUGUGCACAUCACUAAAACCUUGCCAAACCUGAGCAAGGUCAUUUCCAUCAAUGGUUUCACCUCUGAAAGUGCAAAGGACGAAGUUGAUCACAAUGGAGGCUCCGAGUCUAUGGUGACGGCUAGUGUGGACAAGUCCUCUGGCCGCAUCUCAUCAUUCACCAGCCGCGUUCAGGUGCUCUCCGAGGGAGCCCAAACCAUCUUGAAGGACGGUGCUAAAGUCACCCAGUCGAUGAGAUCGCCAUUCAAUCAUACUCUGUAUCUUGAGGGAGGCCCGAAGUACAAAGCCAACUUCCCUGCCCCCGUCCUAAGCUCAUCCGCCAAGAUCAAAGUUGCCCGCAAGUCAUCAUUCCUUGAACUUGUGGUCGACGUCGCAAAAUCGAAGGACUGGCCUAAUCUCCAAUCAUUCAUGUACCCUGUCUACAUGGACAACGGAUCGCCCGCGACCUGGAACAUGCCUCAUCUGAAUGUUGCAUCUCUCCCAAAGAUCGAUCUUGAAAACACAUCGUCACCACGACUAGAUUGGCUCAGAUACUACUUGCCAACCAUGUGGUCAUCGAAAGAAAGUGCACUAAAGUUCAAUCCCUCAUUGCCCGCAACUCCUAAUAUGCGUGCCAAGACCGAGUUCAAAGACUCACUGUAUCACAUGUUCAUUGGAUUCACCGGAGUUCAGGGAAAACAUGCCUCCGUAUUCGCAAUCAACUGCGCAGAGGAACAGGGCGUCCAAAUGGUGUUCUUCCUCUCAGAGAUGCGACUGGACCUAUCAAACCGAACCCCCGUUCUCGACGGAGCAGUCCUGCCACUACGCCUCGACCUGAUGUCAGAUAUUCUCCCACACCUACAAGCAAUGUCACAGAGCGAUCAUGCACCCGCAGCCAUCGCUGUUCCCAGUACAGAGCUUCGACUUUGGAAAGAAUCAAUUCCGGCCUGGGCUGAGCGUGGCCGAUCUUGGUCCCAUAAGCCCAGCUGCGAAUACCGUUCCAAGGGUACGAUCCCGCUCUCAAUUGGUUUUGGCGCUCGAAUUCUGUGCUCUUGUGGCGAGGGACAGUUGCCUCCUGGUUUCAUGCCAGAUUUCCCGGGGUGGAAGGCUCUUUCAAAGCAUGCUGUUCGGGUCUCCAUUUCUCCUGCUUUCACUUCGGCGCUCGUUGAGGGUCCUCUUGAUCUGUCCAGCUCUGGGUUUGCUGCCAAGCCUCCUGGUGAAAAGAAGGAUGGCUGUCGGGUUUGUGACAAUGCUUGCAAGCCAGAUGGCUCGGACUUGAUGAAUUGCUCACGCUGCCACACGGCCAAGUAUUGUUCUAGGGAUUGCCAGAGGGCGGAUUGGAAGGAGCACAAGCUUGUUUGUAAGGCAGAUACGAAGUGA